AAGAAUACCAUACCAGCAUAUUACGUAUACGUAGUGGAUACAUCAUUAAUUCAACUCGAAUCCAAUCAAUUUUCGUUGAAUUUUCUCAUUUCUGUUUGCCCAUCUCUUGUGCAUCGUGCGUGCGUCGAAAGAUUACUGAAACGCGAAAACAGCACAGAGCGAUGGUUGAGGGUCAGACAGCGGUGCAACAGCAGCAGCAGCAGCAACAGCAGCCAACAGGAGCUGGCACUGGAAGUGGAAGUGGCAGCGGUGGCAAUGCUGCUGGAACUGCAGCUGGAGCAGGUGGCAAUGCUGCCACAACUGGUGGCAAUGUGCCAAAUAGUCAGGCGCAACAAAAUGGUGGCUCUGGUUCGACGUCGACUUCGGCGGCAGCUGCGGCAACUGUUGGCGCUGCCAAUCAAAAUGCAACCGCAGCCAACAACAACAACAACAACAGCAGCAGCAACAACAACAAUAAUAACAACAGCAAUAGUAGCAACAACAAUGCGGCAGCCACAAACAACAACAACAACAAUAAUACAAAUAAUAAUAAUAAUAAUAACAACAAUAAUAAUAAUAACAACAACAAUAAUAAUAACAACAACAACAACGAACCAGAUCCCAAGACGAAUUUGAUUGUGAACUAUUUGCCACAGACAAUGUCGCAGGACGAGAUUCGUUCGCUGUUCGUUAGCUUUGGCGAGGUGGAGAGCUGCAAGUUGAUACGCGACAAGGUCACAGGUCAAAGUCUGGGCUACGGCUUCGUCAACUAUGUAAAGCAAGAGGAUGCUGAGAAGGCAAUUAAUGCUUUAAAUGGUCUUCGUUUGCAAAACAAAACCAUAAAGGUCUCCAUUGCGCGUCCCAGCUCAGAGAGCAUCAAGGGCGCCAAUCUCUAUGUAUCGGGUCUUCCAAAGAAUAUGACACAGUCCGAUUUGGAAUCAUUGUUCAGUCCAUACGGCAAGAUCAUCACUUCGCGCAUACUUUGUGAUAAUAUCACUGGUCUCUCCAAGGGCGUUGGCUUCAUACGCUUCGAUCAGCGAUUUGAGGCUGAUCGCGCUAUCAAGGAGCUAAACGGCACCACACCGAAGAAUUCCACCGAACCGAUAACCGUUAAGUUUGCCAACAAUCCCAGCAGCAACAAGACCAGCAUGCAACCCCUCGCCGCCUACAUUGCCCCCCAAAAUCCACGCGGCGGACGCGCCUUUCCAGCCAACGCGGCAGCCGGAGCCGCUGCAGCAGCCGCCGCCGCAGCAAUUCAUCCCAACGCGGGUCGUUACAGCUCUGUGAUCUCACGCUAUUCACCGCUUACCAGUGAUCUAAUUACCAAUGGCAUGAUACAAGGCAACACCAUAACCAGCUCCGGUUGGUGCAUUUUUGUCUACAAUUUGGCACCCGAAACCGAGGAGAAUGUGCUCUGGCAGCUGUUUGGACCAUUUGGCGCCGUGCAGUCUGUUAAGGUCAUAAGGGACUUGCAGAGCAACAAGUGCAAGGGCUUUGGCUUUGUGACCAUGACCAACUACGAGGAGGCUGUGCUCGCCAUCCAGUCGCUGAAUGGCUACACGCUGGGCAAUCGGGUACUUCAAGUUAGCUUCAAGACCAACAAGAAUAAGCAAACGUAAUUAUUAACCAAGUUGGCUGCUGUUGUCAAUGCCAAUGCGGCGGCAGCGGCGCUGGCUGCCAAUAGUUUGGUGCUUAAUCACAACAACAACAACAAUCACAGCAAUCAGAAUUCGUAUCAGAAUCACAACGGCAGCAAUAGCAAUAGCAACAACAGUAAUAGCAACAGCAAGGGCAAGAGCAAUAGCAAUGGCAAUGGCGUUGCAUUUCAGUUUGGCAAAUAUGUAAAUCAACAUAGCAACAGGCAGCACAACAGCAACAAUCACAUCAUCAACAACAACAGCAACGGCAACAUCAGCAAACAGAAGCAACAACAACAGUCCCAGCAACAGCAGGUUGCAGCAACCAGCAAUAGCAGCAACAACAAGCAAUCAGUGUCGCUGUUGUCGUCAGCAAAAUCAACUGCAACAAAUGGCCGAGCAGGCAAAACAGCAAACACACCAAGCAACAGCAGCAACAAGGCGACAACCAGCAGCAAUGGCAACAGCAGCAGCAACCACAGCAAUGGCAACAGCAAUGUCGACUCAUCAUCCAGUUCAGGAGGCGGCAUAUUGAAGACAUCCACAAAAUUCAUCUAUAACAAGCCACAAAAUCACUUUGAGCUGCUGCAACAGCAGCUGCAGCUGCAACAGGAAUUUGCCCAGUUUCUCACAAACGUGGCCAACAGUGCAGCCAACAGCAGCAGCGGCGACACCACAGCGAGCGGCUCGAAUGCUCAACGGCAUGGCCAUAGCAGCAACAACAACACGUCGACGUCGACAACAACAACAGCCGCUGGCAACAAAAGCAACAACAAUUAUCAGUCCUCUUUUAUGCCCUCCUGGUCCAAUUGGUUCUUGUAAGAAGGGAAUUGUAUCCUUCAUCUUAUUUAUAAACAUAUAUGAUUUAGUUUGUAAUUGAUUUUCAUAGUUUUGUUCUUUAUUGAAGUUUUUGAAUUUAGUUUUAGUUCUCUUUGAAUUUGUUUCAUUUGCUUUCAACUACACACACUUUUUAUAUCCUUGACUACUUUUUAUUUUUUUAAUAACUGUAUCUCAGCAAACUCUAGUCGCCUCUAAUAAAGAGCACAGCAGUUACCAAAACCAAAAAAAAAAAAAACAAACAAAUGAAAAUACUGAAAAAAAAAACAUAGAAAAAGUGAGGGAAAAUGUAUGGUUAAGUUUUUGUUUGAACAAAGCAACGUACUCUAGCAAAUAGUUAAAUAGAUUUGGAAAAGGCCAAAGACCCCAACCGAUGAAAUAUGACAACACAGAUACUUAAGCCUAUUUGAUACGAAGAAAACUAUAAAAUGAAGAGAAAACAAAACAGAACUGAAAUGCGUUAGAAAUGAAAUGUAAUUGAUGAAAUGAAUGCAAAUCGGCGACAGAUAUUCGCGAUAUGUUUAAGUUACGAUUAAAUGUGUAACUUUUGCUUAAAAAUAAAGAUCGUGUAAGCAUUAAAAUAUACUUAAAACUCAAUACACACAAACAUUCACACACACACAGUUUUGUAUUUAAUCAUCUGAUCAAUUUUAAUUUAUGUUCCAAUCUGUUAAAAAAACUUUUUACGUAUCCUGAAAUGCAGCAAAAUGAAAUGGAAAUGGCAACAAGAAAAUACAACAAACAAACAAAGUUUUAAUCGAAAAACGAAAUAACACAAAUGAAUACUAAGAAUUUUUCGAAUACAACGAAUCGAUUUUUAAGAAAAAUUUAAAGCUAAACGAACAGCAAAAUAAUAUCAGAGAGAACAACAAGUAAAUAUCAUUUUAAUAACAAGCCAAGCAAACUAAUUAUAAUAUUAAAUAAAUAAUAAAAACAAUUAAAAACCAAUUUUAAAAAUAAAAAUAAACAUUGCCAUUCCAAAAGUCUACGAAAUUCAAGGAAAACAUUUAAAACAAAUUCCCUCCCUAGACAAGAAGUAAAAAAAUAAAAAGAAAGAAAGUAAUAUUAAAUGACAAAACGCGUUUCAGCAAAACGAAUUUGUUUAAACCAAGAAACAAACCCAAACAGCAAUAAUAAAGGAACGAACAAUUAAUGCAAAAUGAAAAUUGCCAAAUUACCUAUAAAAUAAAUAAAGAAGAAACCAAAAAUAUAAAAUACAAACACGAAAAAUUCUUGAUACGAGUGAAAAUUUUACGCAAAGUAAAAAAUGUUGGAAAAAUCUAGCGAAAUGCAUUUAAACUAAAAUGAGCCAGGCAAACAACAAAACAAAACACAGCAAUAGGCUGGAAGAGUGGAAAAGUUGAAGAAAAACUGAUGAAAAACAUGGUGCUUGAGAGAUUUCCUUGCAAAAACUAGCUCAAUCAUAAAAGUAAAAAAAGAAAAUGAAGUCUUGUUAUAAUUAUAAACUUAAACCCACUGUACUUUUUGAUUAGCAUUAUUCAUACUCAUCUAAAUAUUGUUUAAUUUUUUCAGUUUCCUGUCAUCCCGAAGCAAUUCGCAAUGUUAAAAUAAAAAAACACGUUCGACUAUGCUAAAAACUAAAAUAUAUAUAUAUGAAUAUAUAUCUAUAUAAAAAAUAUCUAUAACUAUUUAUAAACAACAACAAAAAAAAACAAAAAAAUAUAUUAUAUAUGAUUAACAAUAUAUUGAUGUUGUGUAUUGAAAAUUUUAAAUGUUUAUACAUAACAGAACAGAAAAGAAAAUAUUAAAAAUACAUAUUUAACUCAUGGCAUAAACAAACCACAAAGCAAAAAAACACUUUCAUGUAUACGUCAAGUAAAUUUAUUGCAACUAUUUAAAAGUAAUCAACAACAACAACAGCAGAAGCAAGAAAACAACAACAACAACAAUUAUUAUAUGUAUAUUUACGAUCAUGAUUAUAUUACGAUAUGUGUAUUGUGUGUAGUGCAUAGGGCCUAGCUUCUAAUAUUUAACAUUUGUAGAACGGUUUGUUUUCACUUCACUUCCGCGUUAAACAAAACAAAACAGAAAAAAAACAACAUCGUGAGCUGAGUUUACGAAUCGUAAUCGCGACAAAAUCGUCGACAGCCAUUUUCAUGCGCAAAUGCUUGACUGAAAUUUAGACAAAACUAAAAACCAAAUAAAAUAAAAUUCGUUGCUUUUAUGCGAUUUAUAAGACAACAACAAGAACAAACCUUCCAUUAAUCUCGAAGAAACAAAAAAACUACAAGAAUAAAACACCAAGGGAAACGUUUUUUUACAAAUGAAGCAUGCAGCACAUUUUUUUUGUGCAAGUGCGAUUUGAGUAGCGAAACGGAAAUCCGGAAUGCAGAAUGCGUGAUGCAAAUUCUGAAAUCAUUGCAUGACAGCAACAACAACAAGAAUAACAACAAAAAGCAAUCGAUUAUAUAUACAUUUUUUAACGGAAAAAUGUUUUAUAUAAAUAAAAUACAAAUACAAAAAAAAAACCAAGAAAGUAUUUUAAAAAUUUAAACAUAUACAUGAGUACUAUAUAUACAAUAUAUAUUAUAUUAUAUUAUAUAUACAUAUUAUAUACUUAAAGGUAUUGGUAACGAACAAAACACCGCACAAUAAUAUACAAAAAACAAAAAAAUAUAUAUAAAAAUAAAUACAAAAAACCAAAAAAUCAAGAAUACGUAAUAAAACAGCGCAUAGGAUCUGAAGAAAACAAAAGUUAAACUAAUGGAAAAAGACUAAAAGCAAAAAAAGAAAACUAAAAAAGCAACUUUAUAAUUUUUACAUGGAAAAACGCAAUAAUGUUAACAUUUAAAGAAAAAGAAAACAUAAAGACAAACAAAACAAAAAACGAAGAAAACGUAGACGAUGAACAGAAAACAAAACGCAUAUCUUUAAACUGAAAAUAUUAAAAAAAAAAAAACACAAA